AUGAAACUGGAGGCGAUAACGGCCUUAAUCUCGCCCGCGUCGGUGGCCGCGUCCUGCGUGGCGCUGUUGCUCGUGUACGUGGCGACUCCGUCGGCUCAUGAUCGAGCGGUGAAGCAUCUGCCCACGCCCGAGGGGGAUAUCCCCGUGUUGCGCAGUACGCUGGAGAUCGUCAGGGCGCAGAAAUCCGGGAAGUUCCAUGACUGGGCCCUCGCCUACUGCCGCAAGUUUCAGGGCAGGCCCUGGUGUCUGCGUAUCCUGGGCAAGACCCCCAGCGUCGUGGUCUGCUGCCCUGAAGCCUUCGAGGACAUCCAGAAGACCCAGUUCGACGCGUUCGACAAGAGCCCCUUUGUCUCGGCAGCCAUGUACGACGUCCUGGGCCACGGCAUCUUCGCUGUUAGUGGGCCGCUGUGGCAGCACCAGCGCAAGACUGCGAGCCACUUGUUCACCACGCAGAUGCUGCAGUACGCGAUGGAGGUGGUCGUGCCCGAGAAGGGCGAGGCGUUGGUCAAGCGCCUCGAUGAGAUCAGUAAGGCGAACCAAGUCGUGAACAUGAAGCGGCUGCUGGACUUGUACACCAUGGACGUCUUCGCCAAAGUCGGCUUUGAUGUGGAUCUCCACGGCGUCGAGUCUGACCAGAACGCCGAGCUGCUCGAUGCGUUCGAUAGGAUGUCCGUGCGCAUGUUGGAGCGUAUCCAGCAGCCCGUUUGGUACUGGAAGCUGCUGCGCUGGCUCAACGUUGGACCGGAGAAGCAGUUGGCUGAGGACAUCAAGAUGACGGACGAUUUGAUCUACAGCGUGAUGUCGCGCUCCAUUGAGGAGAAGACUAAAGGCUCGCGGAAGGAUUUGAUCUCGUUGUUUAUUGAGAAGUCCGCGGUCGAGUAUACCAAGGGCGUGCACACGAAGAAGGACCUGAAGCUCAUGCGCGACUUCGUCAUCAGCUUCCUGGCUGCCGGUCGAGAGACCACAGCAACGACAAUGUCGUGGGUCAUCUUGAUGUUGAACAGAUACCCCAAAGUGCUGGACCAAGUGCGUCAGGAACUUAAGGCCAAGCUUCCGGGCCUCGCGAGUGGGGAAACGAGAGCUCCGACGUUGGAAAACAUCCAACAGCUCGUCUACCUCGAGGCAGUGAUCAAAGAAACGCUGAGACUCUUCCCUGUUGUUGCCAUCACGGGCCGCUCAGCUACGAGAGAUGUGCGUCUGUAUGAAGGCACGGUCAUCAAGGCAGACACGCGGGUGGUGAUGCCGCACUACGCUAUGGGACGCAUGGAGACUGUGUGGGGUCCAGACGCGAAUGAAUUUAAGCCGGAGCGAUGGAUUGACCCUGCAACGGGCAAGGUCAAUGUGGUGUCGCCCUUCAAGUUCAGCGUAUUUCUCGGUGGUCCACGCGUGUGUCUGGGCAUGAAGUUCGCUAUGGCUGAGGUGAAAAUCUCGCUCGCCAAGCUCUUGAGUCAGUUCGACUUCAAGACAGUGAAGGACCCAUUCGACUUCACCUACCGCUCGUCGAUUACACUGCAGAUCAAGGGCCCGCUUGACGUCGUCGUGUCUCGACUUAAAGCAUGA